GGACAACAUUCAAAGCUAACUUUAUUGAAAUUCAUCAAUCAUGCAGAUGAAACCCAGGUCCACAUUGCCAAGCACGUCCUGAAGACCGUGUGCUCGGACGUGUCCAACAUCCUGGUGAACUUCCUGGCUGCUGACCUGAUGAUGUCCGUGGAGAAUCCCAGUACCUUCACCCCUGAGGUCAGAGUGAAAAUUCUGGGCAAGCUGUCGGAGGACACCAGAGGACCCCUGAUGAAGCUGCACAACUGCCUGAACGGAAAAACCAUUGAAGACUUUCUGACCAACAUCGAGGCGUCUGCAGAGGUGUGCGGCUUCAUGCUGAAGAAGGGAGACAAGAAAAGGGAGAGGCAGGCGCUGUUCCUGCACCGCCAGGCCCUGAUGGAGCAGCUGAAGGAGACGGAGGACCCAGCUCUGGUGCUCCACCUGACCAGCGUGCUGCUGUUCCAGGGCUCCACCCACUGCAUGCUGCACGCCCCGGGCCGCUGCGUGCCCCACGUCAUCGGAACGCUCUGCGGCCGGAUCCCAGUGGUGAGUCUGACCCCCCCUGAUGGUCUACACCAGGG